ACCACCCACUUUGCCCCAUAUGUAGCCGUAAAACCACUAGUUAACACAACGAGAGAGAGAGAGAGAGAGAGAGAGAGAGAGAGAGAGAGAGAGAGAGAGAGAGAUCUAGAGAGAGAUGGAGAACAACACUGCAAAAGAUUUGUCGAUCAACCUUAUAACGAGAGAUGGCCGCAGACUCUGCCGGUGCCCGCGCAUCGAAAUGAGCCUUCUCGAGACCGCGGAGGCCAUCGAACAAGCGUUGAGUAGUGAAAACACAGCCUUCGUCGUUCGAGACGAAGGCGAGCGCAGGGCAGUGCGGGUGAAGAUUGUAGUUAGCAAGCAACAACUGAAGCAGAUGGCCCAGCUGAUAGGCUGCGGGCGCGGCGGCACGGAGCAGCUGCUGCAGCUUCUGAGGAGGCUGCAGGUCCAGAGUAAGUUGCUCGACGCCACCGCGAAGGGACGUCGUGAUCGGUGGAGGCCGGCGCUUCAGAGCAUCCCUGAGGAAGUGCGGGAAUUAUAAAGCAAAUCAAACAUGUAUAUGUAGCAUCAUCUUACUACGAGGUUGAUCUAACAACAUUCUUUAUUUUGUGUAGUUCUUGAAUAAAUAGGGAAUUUGAGACAUUUUGAUGUGCUUCAUAUAUAGAUUGUGUGACAUUUAACAUGGAGCCAAAAUGCGAAAAGAAGUAAAAAAAUGUUUCAAAUUGGCAAUUUUGGUUCUUGUAUAUGUAAGCUAAAUAUUUGUAUUUGCAGAACGGAUUUGAGCAGUAAAAAUAAUGAGCGCUUCUCUAA